AUGGCAUUUUCUAAGGAAGAUGUGCAGGAGGACGCACCAGAGUGUCCGGUGUGCUAUGAGUGCCUGUCGGGCACUGAAAGGACUCUGAGCUGUGGACAUGUAUUCUGCCACGAUUGUCUGGUCAAAACGUUGGUCAGCGUCAACAGGGAUGGGAACAUCAGAUAUACUAUCGUUUGCCCUAUCUGCCGACAUCAUACAUUCAUCAAGAGACAACAAGAAGUGUCGGUGAUCCCCACGGCGGACAAAGAUUCAGAUGAGGGGCAGACCCUGGAGGUGCCUCUUCCUCUGCCACUGGGACAGCUCCAGAGCGCACGGAGCUCCGCCACGGACAGUUUACCGAGGAGCGUUAAUUGGAUUUCUCGAUGCUUUAGGGGGGUCUCUGAGCGAGCCCGUCGACAGAGGAUGAUCAGCCCCAGCCAUAAGACAUCCCAAAUCUUCAUCAUAAGCGCUGAAGGGCGACCCAUGGUUGAAGAUGAUGCGAUCAGCGUUGUGAUGACUGUGGUUCAACCUCAUCGCCGGCGAAGGCGUAGGAUUUGCACAACCGCGCAAUGCCUGAUUAUUCUGCUGUCGGCAUUUACUAUACUUGCACUGGUAGCUGCAACCUUACCGUGGAUUUUAUUGGCAUAG